AUGCUCCUCGAGGUGGUGCUUCUUUUUGGCCUGAUACCCAGGCUAGAAGCAUUUUUCGGCCUCGGUCGGACUCAGUCGGUGGCUGUGAGUGGAAGGCUGAUUUGUGACGGACAUCCAGCUUCUAACGUCAAAAUCAAGCUCUACGAUGUCGAUAAUAGUGAGUUUCAAGUUGAGUCUUGGAGUGCUAAUUUCAAAAAGGAAGUGAAAAGUUAUAAACAAUUAUCUCGAUUCAGUACUCGACACGCUCCUCGAAGAGUCAACUACAGACCAGAAUGGUCAGUUCAGAGUCUCCGGAAAUAAGAAUGAAAUUACUGACAUCGAUCCAAAGUUGAAUAUCUACCACAAAUGCGAUUACAAUGGCGUAAGUUCCUUUUUUCAAUAAAUUCAGUUCCUUCGUCCUCAGCUGUGCUACAAAAAGGUGGAAAUCAACAUCCCGGACGAUUUUAUCACCGACGGCUCAAAUCCAGCCAAAACUUUCGACAUUGGAACUAUCAAUUUGGCAAAUCAGUUCUCAGGAGAUAGUACAGAUUGUCUCAACUGA